CAGGUGAGAGGUAUUAGCACUGUCCGACUGUCAAAUCGAAGUGAUGGUUCUAUUAAACAUUUGCAAAUUCUAGGAUUAUUAGGAAACUAUGUAUGUUCGUACUAAAAGCAUGUUUUUCUCAAUAAUUUUACUAAGUGUCAUUUGUGAAUUACAAUGCGUAUACAGUUUGAAAGGACACGCGACUCAAGUUGUAGACACGGGGACUGAUUAUCGUGAGUUAAAACCACAAACAGGCGACACAUAUUCAACGAUGUUUUCGGAAAUGGAUAAUAAUUUUGUGCUACAGAAAUUAGAAAUACCGGUGAAGAAAGUGGGAGUAACUUUGGAUAUAAUUAACAAUCAUCAGAUUCCUGUGUAUUUUUAUCCGAAUCACAAAUCAAACAGUAUUAUUGUCGAAGCACAUUCCUUGUAUCAUCAACCGCAAGUGGAAUUACUGAAAUAUGAAGUUAUCUCCCUUUCAUCAUAUCAAAAUGUUCAAAUACACAUUGGACACAUCAAUCUGGUUACCUCGACAUCGAGAAGCGUGGUAUUUAUGGGUUUACUUCUUUUAGCCGUCUGCUUAUUAAUAUUCCUACGCCAUGUUUGCUGUGAGAAAGGUCAUGUAAGGAACGUAUUAAGAAAGUUAACCCACUUAUUGGCACCGACAUCAGACAAGGUGUUUAAAGAACGAAAGCAUCCAUCGGAACUAAAAGAAGUCAGCGAGACACUGACAUCAUUCAAGGUUAAAGACAGAGUUAAAGGAAAUGAAAAUGGAUGGAAGGCUGAGUUUGGUGAGGAAAAACAAGAGAAGAUAAUGGCUGAUAAAACAACUAGAAUGACUGGAGAGGAGAAUGAUUUUAAAGACGAAGAAGAAAUAUACCAGGAAAUUGAAUCAAAUUCUUCAACAAACAUUAAACAGAAAUGUUUAUCACAUUCCAACAUUUUUUACACCAAGUCUAGGAAAUAUUUUCUUGUAGUGGUUGUAUUAACAUUCCUAGUAGGUUUAGCGUAUGCUGCCGUUACCUUUCCGUCAGCAGACGUCAGAUUGAAUAUUGGUAUACCGCGUAAUCUUAUCAGAAAAGUUCGGAUGUAUUCUGGUGAUCCAGAUAUAAAAAGGUUGAACCUCAAUAAAACUAUUCUAUCUUUAGUAUCAAGAUUACAGCUAUAUGAUAAAAGUGAAUGUAAUGAUGAUCUAUCUCUUUGUGAAACGUAUGCUAUAUGUGAUGAUGUGGAUGCUAGUGAUUCGUUAGCCUGUAGAUGUAAACGUGGAUUUUACUUCAAUUCUCAACAAUGUCAUGCUUGUACCUUAGCUUGUCCAGACGGUCAUUAUAUGACAUCAUCAUGUUCUGCUACUAGUGAUGUCGUCUGUAAAGAAUGUACAGGCUGUCAUGGUUCACAGUAUGAAGCUGCUGUAUGUACAACAACUAAAGAUACCAUCUGUGUUGAUGUAUCAUUUCCAGUAGGAUUCUUACCACCUAAUUCUACUUCUGUCUAUGAUGGGUCGAACAUCAGUAUGUCGUCAUCAUCUAAUGUGUUUUUGGAAAGACUUAGAGAUAUGAAAGAGUUGGAAACUACUAUGUACAUCACAAACAAUCAACAGUCUUUAGAUUUCGUUUGGAAGCGGGAAUCAGGACUAGAGAUUAAAAUCAGUGUGUCUGGUGUUUAUCUGGUACCAGAAUACGUUGAUUUGGAUCAUGAAGAUGAUACCGCUUAUUUUCUCCAUUUUGAUAAAAAUGUGUCGGAAGAAACAAAUAAAUUAUAUCAACAUGUGGUUGACUAUUACUGCAGACAUCCAAUACCAGACUAUUAUUCUAUUCAUUUUGAUACCAUCAAAAAUCGUCUGACAGAAGCAGAGGAAGUCGUCUGUGAUUCUAAAGAUAAAAAGAAACGAAUUUGUCCAGAUAAUUAUGAAGAUGGAGAAACAUAUUUAUACAGAAAAAUCAACCAAAUCUGUAAUGAAUAUGAGCCAGAGAGACGUAAAAAUUUAGUAAAAUUAUCAUCUUUGAAUCUCAACAAUAUUAUCUGUGAUGAAACAAAUGAUCUGUUAACGGAGGUGUUCGGACAAACCAUGCCAGAAACAGAAAAAUUGAGAUUUCCUAGUGUUGAAUGUUCUCAGUAUGCUGCUGAAUGUGAGAAAUGUUUAAAUGCCAAAUCAUGUACAAAUAAUAGUUAUAAUGAAGAUUGUUGUAGUAUAUCAUGUUAUAGUAAUAGUUAUUGUCUACAGUAUUAUAGAUCAACAUGUCCACCAGCUCCCGUUAAAUGUGCUAAAGGUAACGUGAACCAGUUUACUUUAUCUCCGGUAUUUGAGAAAAUCGGAGAACGUUUUAUGUGUCAUCUUAAAUACAGAAAACCAAAAUACCUCUACAACGUUACCUACGUGCUACAGAUACCUGGAUCAAAUUACGUUUUACCUCAACAAAACUUUAGUUUUUUCUCAGACAGUCUCGAAUCGCAUCAAACCCAGAACCAAAAAGUCGACUUUUUGAAUGUUCUUCAUGAUGUGAGAUACAAACUGGAAGACGAAGUCUUAGUUAUAGCCAAUCAUAAAGAUUAUAGCGAUCAGAUGGGGGAAUUUGAGUUACAUCCCUUUAAAUCUCACGAUGAAUUCAACCAAGCCAGAGGUUAUAAAGUGAAACAAGAUGCCCAUUAUCGAUAUUCGACACUUGUGCAGUUUUAUCGGCCUUUUUCCUACAGUUCAUCGACUUGGUACCGAGAUGGGUGUCUUAAAAAUCUAUCGAAGGUAUUUCCGAAUCAGACACAGUAUAAAUCAACGUCGAUACCAGUAACGGUUAAAGUGUUGAAUACGAAGAAAGAGAUGCAACAUCAGAUGUAUCGUAGUAAACGUUCACCAAUAGUUAAACUAUCUGUUAACAAGGGAGAAUCUAUUUUAUCAUUCUUUCAAUCAACAACUGGUAAAGCUUAUAUAAAUUCUAACUCGUUAAAAGCGUCUGUAAAAUGGGAUCCAAUACCAGAACUAUGGUCACUCCAUGUAUCAGGUUCUUUAGAUAGUUGUCCAGGAAUACUAAAUAUUCAAAUAUUUGAUAAACUUCUGGUGCAGAGUCUGGGUUUAUUUGAUGCUUUUGUUGGAUGUGCUGACAAUUUCUGGAUAACUUUUAAUUUCACCAGUUCCAGAACACAUCUCCCAGAUGUGUUCGUCGUUCACAUAAACGACUCAACAACCAGACAUCAUUUGGUACUUUCAUCCGUUGUUGCAUCCAAGACAUUGUCCAAUAAGAUAUCCUCUUCCAUGGCAGUUAGUGAGAAAAUUAUUGACCAAUCACCGCCUUGGAUACCCAUCAUCGUCAUUCUCAUGCUGGCUCUCAUUGCUCUGUGGAUAUUGUUUGUGCUGUAUUUAUGUUUGACCGUUCGCGCUCCGUUGAAUUAUGAACGGAGAGAUAAUAAAAUUGAAAUGACAAUUUUGAAUAACGAGGACCAUGAAAAAAUUCAGCAGACAGAUUUUUAUCCGAAAAGACGAAGAGUGUCGCUGUGUGUUGUGUAUAUUUUCGUAGUGUUGUACAUCCUAUAUUGUAUCUUUCUCUCUUUUUCUGUAAGUUUCGGCAUCCUGUACGCCUAUCAAAAGACAAUACUCCCCGAUUUUUCAAAGAUAAAUGAUUUCAGUGAUCGUCUGCAAAAGCGUGUGAAUGUAACUUUAAAAGAAUUGAAAGCCAUGGAAAUAAAAGAAAUGGGUGAAAUUCAGAGACUUUUUAAAAAUCGAGAGCGAGCAUGUAAACAUCAUUUGCAUCAGAGUACACGGAAUUCGAUACACGAGUAUUCGAUAACUACACAGAAACAUUUAGAAGUCAUAUAUGUACAGAAUGGUUCGCUUCAGUAUUUAAUUGAAGAACAUUUCUCCGCGGAACAUGAAAAAUUACAAAAGGUCAUAACAGACUACAUUAAAAAGGGUAACGAUACCCUUUUAGAAGACUUUACUCAUUUUACGAGUAUGUACAAACAUUUUUUGAUAUCGGUCGUGGAUAAUAAAUGGCUGGAAUUUCCUCGUGAGAUAUUUAUCGGAGAUUUAGAAAAGAUGAAAUCUGCUGAGGAAAUGUCCUAUUCUCAGUUAAAGAAGUUUGUGUCUUGGUUACAGAUUGACAAAGCCGAAGGUCUUGUGUCCAUAACGGACACAAUUUAUCAAAGGUUGCAGGAAUCGGCGCCAAUGCCAGAAUUGUACCAACCACAACUUUUUAUAGAAACAUUCACAACCCAACAAGUACCAAGAUUACAAACAAACUCAUUCAAAUCUCAAAAUUUCAUCAAUCAAGUUCUGGACAAAAAUAAUACACUGACGAUAGAAGAACUCCAUUUUGAUUCGGCCAGUAACUCAACUAAAAAAGACAUACUCGAUUCUAGUCAUUACGAUGUUAUCAUGUAUUUGUUUAUAUUUCUCUUUAUUUUAAUGGACGUCUUGUUAUGGUGCUAUCGUAUCUCGUGGCUAUGUCGACAACUCCGACUAUCAAAAACGGGCUACGAAGUCAAAGUUCCAACAGAUGAAAGUUCACGUAAAAUUCAUAUCUUGUUGACUGGAAAUCAUCCCCCUUCAACAGUGGAUAUAGAAAUAGAAAACGCUUUUAAAUACUACAAGGAGAAUGCCGCGAAAGAGGUAUCGACCGAGGGGGAGUUUGGAAUAGCUUAUGUGCAGCCGUAUCCUAAAUGUAAAGAAGACAUAUUACGUGAUAUUUGGGCGUAUAAAAAAAGUCAGUCUUACGCGUCUGUGACUAAAGUGAACGAUUUCUGUUUAAACGAGUGUAUGACGAUCAUACAUUGGAUACAUCGCUGUGUUAUAUCUCGAUUAACGUGGAGGUCGUCGUUAACGUGUGGAGCGGUGAUACUUCUGUGUUGUUUAAUAUAUGCCGUAGAUAAUUGGUUUAAUCAAGUGAAUAUAGAAGUUAUAGUGGGAGCAGACGUCGUGGUUACCGAGCUACAAUGGCAGACGGUUAUGAUCAAUAGACAUUUAUCAGAAAGGGUUGAUCAAUUUAAUAAUUUAUUACAUGAUAUGAAACAAUCGGUUGAUACAGAUGUUAGUCAUAUUAAUCAACUUUUAGCUGACACUUUUCACAAACAGACUCGUCAGUUAUUAAGUAUGUUAUUAUCCGUAUGUAAAUCAAGUGGUAUCGGUGAUUGUAAUAUAAAUACAACUAUAUUAUUACCACCACCACCACCAAUAACAACCUGUAACUUUCUACCUCUACAACAACAUGUUAUUGAUGAUGUUGAUACUGCCCAGAUAACAGCUUUAGUGCUCGAAGAAUUAUCUCCCUUGUUAAGAACUGUACGAGGAUUAGCUUUCUGUAUUUUAACCUAUUUAUUAUUUGUUGUGUGUUUUGUGUUGUUGUGUAACGCUGGUAUCCGUCUGGCUAGAUAUUAUUUAUUAAUUAUGGGUAAAUUCCCGAUAUUACAAAUUUAUCAAAUCAGUGAUUCAUUGGCUACGUACGCUGACGCUGCUGCGGAUGAACCUCCACAUAUUUAUCGGAGUGCAUCAUUAAGUUGUGAGAGUGGCGUUUAUGUAGGAGAAACAGAUGAAUCUGCCAGAGAAUAAUAUGAAUUAUAUUAUUUAAGCAUGACUAUAUUGUAUAAAAAAGAAGUUAAUGCCAAUUUCACUAUCUAAACCAGUGGUUCUCAACCUUUUUCCUGCCAACGGCACACCUUGGAACACACGAAAAAAUAGCCGCACACCUGGCUAAAUAUAUAUGAAAAAUAUUUGAAUUUUGCAAAACAUGGCAAGUCAGACUAGUCAUAGACACAUAGUAUGACUCAAACUACAUAAAGAAAAACACGGCUAUCAACUUCCCAGUAGACACCAGUGAAUACUCAAUUAUAAUCACAUGGUUUUUCACAAUUUUUUAGUGUGCCGUUCAAAAUUUCGCGGCACACUUAGGAAGAUCUCGUGGCACACUGGUUGAGAAUCACUGAUUUAAACAGAACUGUUUUGUAUAAAGCAAGAAAUAUGACACAAUGGAGAUCGAAAUAAUUGUGUGUUGAAGUUGAUUUCGCCCAUCAUAUCAAAAUGAACAUUAUCAGAAGAGUGACUUCUAGCAAUUUUAACAAUAGGUGAAGCAGAUCAGGAGCCCUAGGCAUAAAAACUUCAACUAAGAGAGAGACCUAGUUUGUGUGGAGUGGAGGUUAACGUCUACUCGACACAAACUAGGUCGUUUCGGGACUAACAUAUGGUUUAAUUUUAUUUACAUAAUUCGCUUGCAUGUAGGAGUCUUUAGCAGUGGUAGGAAACCGGAGGACCCGGAGAAAACCCACGAGGUUGGACAGGCAACUCUACUCCUUGUCACGUACAAUAAGUAACAAGAGGUCAGAUUUAACCCCCUUUUACUUGUAUUAAAUUUCCUUUUCUACUAUACUGAUUAACAGAAUAUGGAAGUCCAAAAUUGAUACAUUUUUUUUUUUUUGAUUGUCUUGAACUUAAAGGGCCAUAGCUAAAAUCAACUGUCACUAAGGUUCAAAUUCCUUCCUGCUGUUUCGACAUUUAAAAAUGGAGUUUUUGAAGAAAUUGUAUUUCUUGAUGAUUACUGAACAGUAAAGGAAUUCUUAAAAUUUAUUUUGUAAUGUUGUUAAUGUUUAGAUAUUUUAGAAAAGUUGUUUGUAGAUUUCUACUGUGAAGGUUGUAUUCCAUCGUCAAUGAUUACUCCACAACGUCUGCUCUAACAGUUCUUUGAAAUUGCGAUACUAAACUAUGUAAGCAUCCGACUGCUAUAGUGAAGAUUGCAGUAGGGGACUGGCCAGGUUGCAAGCUUGAUCAAUGGCAAGUGGGCCCCCAAGGAAGUGGGCCCCCUUAGACAUUAGACAAUAUAUUUAAAAUAUAAAUUAUCAAAAAAUAUAUAAAUAUUGGAAAAAAAAUAUAUUAGCAUGAAAAUUCUAAUUACAUCUUUUUGUUUCCAUUUACAUAUUUUUUGAAAAUUUAAUUUAUUCAUUUUAAAAAUUCAAUGAUAGAAUUGUAUUGGCGAGUGGGCCCCCUUUGUCUCCUGGCAACUAAUAUUUUCAGAAGGUUGUAUUCUAUCGUCAAUGGUUACUCCCCAACUUUUGCUCCAACCUUGAAAUUGCGAUGCUGCAUGUACAUUUCUAAGCAUCAGACCGAUAUUAAAUAUAAAUUGUAUGCUGUAAGCCAAAGUGUAAAUCAUCAGUGCCAUUUUGAAUCUUUGGUAGUUUUUAAAAAAAGAAUCGUUUCAUUCAUAUUUAUUUUGAUCAUCAUUCAUUAUUGUAGAUAAAUUAAAAAAUUAACUUUCAACAUUGUCAAUAUAGAGCAUUUUGUUUUUAACAUAAAAUUAGGGUUCAUUUUGUACAAAGAUCAUUUUCAGUUCCCAAAUUUUAUUUUAUUGCCAUUUUUAAUACAUUUUUUUUUUAAGGAUAAAAUUUAGUGUUCAUUUUGUACAAAGGUCAUUUUCAGUUCUCAAAUUUUAUUUAAUUGUCAUUGUUAAUAUGUUUUUGUUAAGGAUAAAAUUUGAGAUCAUUUUGUACAAAAAUCAUUUUCAGUUUUCAGAUAUUAUUUCAUUUGUCAUUAUUAAUACAUUUUUUUAAAAUUAUUUAAUAAGUUUUAAACAUACAUUAUGCAAGAGCUAAAUCUGCCUAUUGCAGGUCUUUCUUUAGGCCUGAAAUGUUAUCUAAAUUAUUAAUUAGACAUUAAUUAACUUAUCCAGACCAUAAUCAACUCUUGUGAUAUUUAUUGGAUUUGAAUCUGAUCUGCUGCUCACACGCUAAUUGAUGAUUGAAUCAAAAAAUAGAUAAUCAAGACCAACUUUAGUAAUGGUGAUCGAGGCUAGGCCUAAAAUUCAAUUGCUAAAUUCUCGGUUCAGAGUGGAUCAAUUUGACUGAAAUUUUCAGCAAAUUCCCUUUACAUUAUCUAGUUUUUAACUAUUAUAGUGAGAAUUGCCAGCUCUUUAUCUAAGAUCCCAUAAUGUAUGUUUAAUUAUUUGAGUUAUAAUUUAUUAUUUAUUGUUAUAACAUGUAAAAUCAUUAUUCCUUGUUAACUGGCUAUUUUUUAUUAAUUGUUAUUAAUUGUAGCUGUGUAUAAUAUUAAAUGUUAGACUCUCGGUACAUUUUGUAAGUGACUAUCUGUUGUAUGAAAUAAAUUGUGAUAUUAAUGUGA